AGAAAUACUUUUUCUCUUUCUUAUUGCUUCCAUCCAAACACAACAUAAACUCACAAACAAAACACAACACAACACAGUUUCACUUCAGUUCCUUUGAUCAGUUCAAUUGUUUACUCAACUAUGCUCCUCUUCAAUUUCAACCUUAAUUUCUUCGUGCUAUGAACUUAUAAGAACUAUUUGUAAGCUAUGAAGCAUGGACACUCUUCGGAUUAGGUCGGACACACGUCGCCGACACAUAUGCUUACGUUGAAAUAUAUUAUUUUCUCAAAUUAUUAUCGGUAUCCGUGCUUCAUAGUUUGGUUUGUUCAAGUCUUUCGAUUCUAUGUAUUCAUCAAAGCAGUCAAUGAAAGUAGACCUGUUUCCUUUUGAUAUAUAAGUAAGCAGUUAACAUGGUUUUGUCACAAGAAAGUGCCGAUCACAACGUUUCUUCUGAUAAAGUACAGCAGCAAGUGAGUCCACAGAGGGAGAUUGCAUUGUCACAAGGGAUUGAUGAUGUAGCUAAAAAUGAAGUGUCGGAUUCUGAUGCUAUGGCUUGUGACUUGGUAUCGUCAUACUCUUCACCGCCCGAGCAACAUUCACAGAGCCCCAAGACUCCUUCACAUGAAUUGCCUCCGAUGCAAUCUGGUCAAGACAGACCCUCCAUAAUACGUGAUAAGGUCACAAAAGAUGGCUAUAAAUGGCGAAAGUAUGGCCAGAAAAACGUUAAGGGGAGUGAAUUUAAAAGGAGUUAUUACAAAUGUACUUAUUCAGACUGCCCUGCAAGGAAGCAAUUUCAGCUAUCACAUGAUGGAAACUACGAAGAUUGCAGUUACAUCGGUCAGCAUAAUCAUCCCAAACCUGAAUCGAACACUGUACCACCGGACACCGUAUCACCGGUUGAUCGUGUUCUUCCUGUUGUUGAAAAGGGACCACCCCAAUCCUCUUUUGCUGAUGUGGAAGGUCAAGAAAAUUCAUCUGUUGAGUAUGAAUCUAUGCCUCGACAGGUCACGCCUUUGCGUUUCCAUCCACCUUCAAAAGUUUCGCGAACUGAUGAGUCAAAGCGGCUGAAGAAAGACAAUAGUAACACCGAUGCGACUGGAGCUGAUGUGUUAACUGGUGAAUCUCGCGUUAUUGUUCGAACUACAAGUGAGUCUGGAAUUGUGAAUGAUGGGUAUCGCUGGCGCAAAUAUGGUCAGAAAAUGGUUAAAGGCAACACAAAUCCAAGAAAUUACUAUCGAUGCUCAAGUCCCGGAUGCCCCGUAAAAAAGCAUGUUGAGAAGUCCUCUCAAAACACAACAACUGUCAUAACUACCUAUGAGGGUCAACAUGAUCAUGCACCUCCCACGGGAAGAGGUGUCCUUGAUAAUACAGCUGUAAAAUUGACUCCAAUUCGAGCGACCAUCCUUCCUAACCAGAGUCUUGAAAGUGAAUUAAACGAGGAAGAGCAACGAAAUGAAGAUCCUAGUACCAAAGAAGAUUCUAUCAGCGAUGCCAUGAUACGUGAUUCAAGUUUGAAAGUUCCAUGCAGAUUAAGUGAACAUGACACUCCUAGUACAACAUCUGUUGCAGAACCUGCCCAAAGUUGAAUUGCAAUGCUUUCUAACGAUGCAGCUAGUUAUCGAAGAUUAUAAGUAGUUGCAAGUGACGUAGGUUAUACUUAUAUAUUAUGGUAUCAAGAUUGCUGUUCCCAUUCCUAUUCUAACCUUCUCUUUUCCCUUUUUCUAGCUCAUUUUUAGUUGUCUGUUACAGGUUGACUAAAUAUGCAAAUCACAAUUAUUUACUAUAUUGGAUGCAAAUUUUCGUACACAUGUAUCUAAAAUAUUGUGAUUCAUCUGUGAUUUUUGUUUUGUGGCUGGUGAUGCUUUUAAGUUA